AGAGGCUCAGCCGGGCGGGUGGGAGGGAGAAACGUUGCUUCCCGCACCAAUAACAGAGGCAUCCAGGGUGGUUCCUGCGCCGCUACCCUCACGUGUCCCGGUUGCUGCGUUCCGCCGCCUAGGAAAUUGCGCAGACUGCGGCGUUAAGACGCUGCCUGCAGCGGCUUCGGUUGGAUGAGAGGGCGCUGCAGCCUCCAGGGGACGACAUGCCGACUGCCAAGCAGCUAGCCGACAUCGGCUACAAGACCUUCUCCACCUCCAUGAUGCUUCUCACAGUAUAUGGGGGAUACCUCUGCAGCAUCCGAGCCUACCACUAUUUCCAGAAGCGCAGCUCCCGGCGCCAGGCUGCUGAAGAACAGAAGACCUCAGGAGUCCCGUAGGACUUGGGGGCUUUUUCUCCAGAGCAGAGAGGCCCGAGGCAUGCUGUGGAAAGACCUCACCUGUAAUUACUUCCAGGUCAAGAGGAUGGGGGCCUUGAAGGUUUUCUGCUCAGGAAGUACCUAUGGUCUUUCUGAUACUGCUAGUUUGACACAGUUUGUGGAGGCUGCCGAAUCACAGUAGGAAUGUGAGGGUGAGGUACACCUACAGGCAUUAAAUAUUUUGCCAUAA